ACAAAACAAAGACGAUGUUUAUGGUAAGGAGAUUGACCAUAUUAUGUCAGCUGUCCAAAUCAGCUGUCCAAAAUUAGUUACGUCUGCGGAGCGAAAGAAGUAUCUAAGCGAUAAGCGUUUGUGUUUUAACUGUACUGGGGCCGAUCAUCGUGCCUCUGCCGAAGCCGAUUUGCUUGUACCAAAUGUAAGCGUAGACAUCAUACCUCGAUUUGUGACGCCCCGGAUGAAAGGAAGCCUCCAGCUGCGCCCUCUAAUGACACGCCACUUAAUACCGCAACUUGUGCGUCCAAUAGGUCUGUCGUUUAUCCUGUCGUAGUUGUUAAAGAUUUAUAGCGAGAAACGGACGGCCCGAGAAAGUAUAUUCAGACAAUGCGAAGACGUUUGUUGCUGGAGCGAAGUGGCUGAAACGAAUUAUGCACGACGAGAGAUUCAACGAUGAGUUGGCGAAGAUGGCUAUCAAGUGGCAGUUCAGCCUAAGUCGAGCACCUUGGUGGGGUGGUCAGUAUGAAAGAUUGAUAGGUCUUAUCAAACAAGGCACAGAUAUAAUUUGGACGAUUAGAAACAACGCUGUGCUGUUUAUAAAUAGUCUAUUUAGUGAACAUCCGACGCAGCACCGAAAUCAUUUCGGUUUACAGCAUUUGGUUAACAGCAUGGUUCGUGAGGCGCUCAGGGAACAAUUAUAGAUUGAUUAAAUAAGAUACAUAAGUUAUGUUAUUUAGUUUGUGACAAUGACAUGUGUGUCAGUUUGACACGACAAGUAGAGUGCUCGUUAAACUUAAUUAAAUCUAGACUAGGAACUCCUAUCGAAAAGAUCCAAAAGAAAAGCUAACCUUUAUUACAAUGUAGAAUAUUCAGUUAAUUUGCUAACCAGAUAAAUAUUGAAUGUAUAACCCUGAGGACACGCUAAAGAAUUCAAAAUCAGACCUGGGUAUCGUGGUAUAGACAGUUAGCUUAUGUUGUACAGUGUACUAAUGUCAAGGAUGGAUGAAACAGAAGCACCCACAACUACAUCCAAAGGAAUUAUAAUUUGCGUAUGUUCCUUUUUCAUUUCUGCAUUCUCGUUUGGAACAAUAAUGAAUUUUGCCCUAAUGCUGCCGACAUUUCUGGACGAAUUCAAUGCUGGAAGAACAUUAACAGCACUAGUUGGAUCAAGUCAGCUUUCAAUGAUCUUUAUGUUUGGACCAUUAGUGGGAUCUCUAAUCGACUUGUUUGGAAUGCGGAAAGUUUCAUUUGCAGGAGGAUUUCUUUAUUCUGUUGGAUUAAUCUCAGCUUCUUACGUUAAUUCAAUAUAUGGUUUAUUUCCGACAUUUUCUCUGAUUGUAUCUUUGGCAAGUGCUUUACUUUAUUCAUCGACUCAGAUAACGCCUGUUAAGUGCAUCUCAUCAAAGUACCAAGGAAUUGCAUGUUCUUUUGUUUCUAGCGGCGGGUACACAGGAACGCUAAGCCUUUCCUUAUUGAUCACAUUUUUAUUGGAGCAAUUUCGCUGGAAGGUUACGUUUCGAAUACUCGCAUAUCUUGGAGUCGUUAUUUGUGUGUUAAGUUUAACAUAUGGCUGGAUCGAAGAGGAUGGAGAUAUCUCUAACAGGAAUCGAAUACCGUCUUGCAACUGGUCCUUAUGCAAACGUCCACGAUAUUUUGUCUUUAUGUUUGGUUCAGGAGUAGCAAUGUUCGGAUGGCAGGUUGGAAAUUUCUUUUUGGCUGAUCGUGCUAAAGCGUACGGCAUUCACGAGAACCAAUCAAAAUGGUUUUACUUCGUGUUUGGAAUUUUUGGCAUCACAUUCGGACUUAUAGCUGGAAAGAUUGGCGACAUGAUUAGAUAUCGCGUUAUUUUGAAUAUAUCAUGUCUCUUUCUUCAUGGUAUCAAUACACUUUUCAGUUACCUUUGUAAAACUUACAGUACAUUAUUAAUAUACUCGGCUUUCUCUGGGAUAUUUUUUGGUAUUUACAAUUCUACACUUUGUCUCUCUGUAUUGGAUUGCGUUGGAGCGCCAAAUAUAGCUCAAGGCUUUGGAUUUCUUGUUUUUUAUCAAGGAUUUGCUAUAUUUCUUGGACCACCCCUUGCAGGUUUUCUGAGAGACACAACUGGCACGUUCAAACUUCCUUUAAUUAUUGCUGGAUGUUUGGAAAUGCUCGGAGCGUUAAUAUCACUUCCAGUUGCCGGAGUGAAUAGAGAUGAUAAUUUAUCUAGCUGCCUCAACUCUGAGAGUAGAGAGAACGGCGACCUUACUUCUGUUUAAAGUAUCGUGAUAUUCGUCAGGGGCCAGUUGUAUCAAGCCCGUUUAGCUUUGUAAACGGUGGUUAACUUCAUGCAAAAGAGAAAGCAAGUCUAUUGUUUUAUUCAAGA